AACGAAGACCUUGCAACUGAAGAGCCUACAACUGUAACAACAACAACCGCAAACCCUACAACCGAAGAGCCUACAACUAUAUCAACAACCGAAGAGCCCACAACUGAAGAGUCUACUACUGUAGCAACAAUAAACGAAGACCUUGCAACUGAAGAGCCUACAACUGUAACAACAACAACCGCAAACCCUACAACCGAAGAGCCUACAACUAUAUCAACAACCGAAGAGCCCACAACUGAAGAGUCUACUACUGUAGCAGCAAUAACUGAAGAUCUUACAACUGAAAAGCCUGUGACUAUAGCAACAACAACCGCAGACUCUACAACUGAAAAGACUACAUCUAUAGCAAUAAUAAUCGAAGAGCCUACAACUGUAGCAACUACAGCCAAAGAGCCUACAGCCGAAGAGCCUGUGAUUGUAGCAAUAAUAAUCGCGGACCCUAUAACUGUAACAACAACAACUCCAGACCCUACAACCGAAGAGCCUACUACUAUAACAACAACAACCGAAGAGCCCACAACUGAAGCAACAAUAACCGAAAAGUCUACAACUGAAACAACAAUAAUCGAAGAGCUUACAACUGAAGAGCCUGUAACUGCAGCAACAACAACCGCAGACCCUGUAACUGAAAAGCCUACAACUGUAUCAAUAAUAACCGAAGAGCCUACAACUGAGACUUCCGUUUGA